AUGACUACCGCUCACAGACCCACGUUUGAUCCCGCCCGUGGCAAAGAAGCCCUCCGAGGCCCUGCCUACCAUCAACGUCUUCUCCCAGCCCACACCCAGCUCAAGUACCGCCAGGCCGGCCAAGGCGGUGACGCCGACGAAGGACCCUCCCGCGACCUCGCUGCCGAGCUCCUCGCUGCCGAAGCCGCCCAUUUCUCCAAGAAGAAUGGCGCCCCUGCCCUCCUGGACGAUGCCGAUGAGGACGACGAGGCCAGCACUUCCGGCGGCGUGAAGCGGUCGCUCCCACCUGCUGCUGGCGAAGAGGAGGAUCUGGAAGCAAAGAGGAGGCGGAUAUUAGCAGAGACGAGGGACAUUGAUGCCGACGACGAUAGCGAGGAGGACGAGGAAGACAGCGAUGACGAUGACGACAGCGAUGAUGAUUCCGAUGCGGAACUACAGCGAGAGUUGGAUCGCGUGCGGAGAGAGCGAGAGGAGAGGAAGAAGAAGGAGGAAGCCGAGAGGCUCAAGGAAGAGCAAGAAGCCCGAGAACGAAACAUCGCCCUCGGAAACCCACUCCUCAACAAGCAAGACUUCAACAUGAAGCGCCGAUGGGAUGACGACGUCGUCUUCAAGAACCAAGCGCGCGGCACCGAGGACAAGGGCAAGAAGAAGGAGUUCGUAAACGACCUCCUCCGAUCCGAUUUUCAUAGGCGCUUCAUGAGCAAGUACGUUAGAUAA